UACAACCCGUUCCAAUCAUUCGACUCAACCCCAACUGAAAGCAUGACUUCCACAACACCCCCCGAAGUAGCUGCCCACGUAGAAUCUCUGAUACCCAAGUUCAAGCUCACCCGGCUCCUCAACUCAGAUCAAGCCGGACGCCGCAUCAGUCUGCUAGGAACCAUAGACUCACAGCCCGCACUCCUCAUAGCUGAGCGCGCCGCCUUUGACACCACACCCGCCAUCCUCGAAGGCUUCUCCACAUCUCUACGCAACAUCAAGAACCUCGGCGCCAACGACAUCUACGCGUGGUUCCUCGCAAACUCCAACCCAAGCAACGACAAAGAUGCCUCUUCCCCACCGCCCCCGGACUUCAAAAUCAACCUCAUCUACCCAUGCACAGACAAACACGUCAAAAAGUACACCCAGCAGCGCCUCCGCGUCGUCACCGAAACACCGGAAAUCUACACCUCCUACAUCCGCCCGUACAUGCGUGCCCAGCGCGAAAAGGGCGCCCUCAACUGGAUCUACAACAUCAUCGAGGGCCGUACCGAGCAGGAAGACGUCAUGUACCGCGAAUCCGGCUCCGACGGCUUUCUCUUACUUCCCGAUCUAAACUGGGACCGCAAGACAAUGGGUGGUCUGCACUUGUUGGGCAUAGUAGAGAGGAGGGAUAUCUGGAGUGUGAGGGAUUUGACCCGCGACAUGGUGGGGUGGGUAAGGCAUAUGAGGGAGAAGAUGGUCGAGGCGACCGUGGCCUUGUAUCCGGACAUUGAGAGGGAUGAGUUGAAGCUUUAUGUGCAUUACCAACCAACAUACUACCACUUCCAUAUUCACAUUGUCCAUGUUUCACUCGAAGCCGGAAACACACAAGCUACAGGCAAAGCUCUGGGCUUGGAAAACAUCAUCUCGCAGCUCGAAACUAUGGCUCCUUCUUCCUCUUCUUCGGCAUUGCCCCCUGGUAUGCAGGAUGCUAGCCUAACCUACCAUCUCGGUGAGCAGAGCGACUUGUGGCAGAAAGUGUACUUGCCGUUGAAAGAGGGGCGCGAGGUAAACGUGCAUGGCUUUUGAACAAGAUGAGAAAAGAACAAUUCCAACAAAACUUGUUAGAUAUAUUAGAUUACGUCGUAUCUGGAUGGUAUCUACAUGCAUAAUACAUCAAGAAUUCGUUUCACUGCCUUUGGCGGGUAUAUUCGAACCUUUCAACUCCUCAUCCCGAGUCUCGGUGUUCCAAUCCGUCAUUUCUCCUCCAUCGUUAUCGUCAUGCACAUAGUCAUGCUCGCCAUCUC